ACAACGGCUCACUGACCUGGUCGCGAAGCUAUCCCGCCCGAAGCUCGGUGAGAGGAUGCCCGAGUACCUAACGGGCACCUUCGAUCAUUCAACGUCAACCUUUCACUCUCACCGGUACGCUUCACUUCUGAUUUUCCGUGGGUCAAAUAACGGAAUCAAAACAGUGUCUUUGGUCUCCGCGACAUAGUCAGUCUGCUUACACCCCCACCAUCACACGCAGCAAAUCCACUCAACCUAGACAAACGCCUAGGGGUCAUUGAUAAGAACUCAAGCUGUUGGCGCAAAAUCUUGAUCUUAUUCGACUUACUAGGCCUUCUAAUCGCAUAAUCACUUUAUAUUCCAGGCGCGCGCGGCCGCCAUGGACCGUCCAGAGCCUGGACUGAUCAAGUGGUCGCAGAUUCCUGGCCACGAUAGCUUCAUCCACAUCAACCUCCAGCAUCGCGUCGUGCAGGUGUACGAGCCCAACGGACUCGCGCAGAGAAGCCGGUUCGACUACAAGAGGCUAUCUAAACACGAUGAUUUCCCCACGCUCACUACGUAUGACUGGUCGCCGACGGUACCGGGCCUUCUGGCCGUCGGCACCCAGACCGGUGUUGUUAAUCUGCUGAGGAUGGACGACAACUCCAAUGCUUACAUCGAACUAAAUCUUAAGAUGACGAGAACGUGUCAAGCGGUGGCUUUCAGCAUCGAAGGGCUCCUUGCCGUUGGCCUGGACAGAGUGCGGAUGGACCAGUGCCUUCACAUCUGGGACGUCAACCGGCUGUCGACGAUGAGCAAGACAGCCAAGGGGUUCCCCAAAGAUUUGCACGCGUUCACGGACCCGGCCUACCGACUGGAACCGAGUGUGUCAGUGUCGAGCGUCAAGUUCUUUGAGGAUAGCCCCAAGACCUUGGUGGUGGGGAUCAAGGCCCAGGGCCUGCGCAUCCACGAUCUCCGAGAGCCUGGCAGUGUUGUCUCUACGUUCCAGACCAAGUGCAACAAUAACCUGGCCAUAGAUUAUGCCGACCAGAACUAUUUCGCGUCGUCGGCAUUGGACCAGCCUGGCAUCAUGGUCUGGGACAGACGUGCGACGUCGCGGCCAGUUGCUUCGCCAUCGUACUUGGGCGCGGUGGACGAGGACGACCUCCCGUGGGGCGGUGCCCUGAAACUCGACCGGGUGGUGGAGAUGGACGACGACCCGUCCCUGAGCGAAAGCAGGCAUUCCAUCGUUCGCUCCCUGCGCUAUUGCCGGGAUCAUCGCGGGCUUUUGGCCGUGUUGUCUCGAUCUGGCCAGCUCAAGGUCUUGGACACGAACAAGGAGAUAACACAUCGCGACAUGGCUCUCGAGGGUAGCCCCGAGCUGCUGGAGGUCCAUAAGUCCUACGACAUGGAUGUCCAAUAUGGCGACAGCGGCAGGAAGAACGAUCGCAUUGUGUCUUUUGACUGGGUGACGCUGGACUCGGCGGUGCUGCAGCCACGCCUUGUGAUUCUGCGCGCCAACGGAACGUUCGAGAUCCUCGAGCAACCGUCGUAUACUUCCGACUACCUCUACAAACUGACGCCGUGGCAGCCGCCUCAUCGGGGACUGGAAGAAGGAGCCGAGUACCACAGCAUAAUGGAGUUCGAGCCUUCGCAUUGUUCUGACAUGCUCGGUCCCUUGUUUGUCAAGGAGGCACUCUCGGAUAUUCCCAUAUUUGGCCCUAACAAGGCCGACAUCCAGUCCAUCGUGGACAAGACGUUGCAGUCCAAGUUCUCGGCCGCCGAUCUCAACAGCAAGCUGAUCGGCAAUGCGGACAAGGCCUCUCCGGCACUCGACAAGUCCAGGCCGACUGCAGAGAGGAUGCGGGCUUUGAGGCUGGAGCUUAAGGAAAAGGCCAAAAAUUCAGAGACGAACGGGGCCGAAAGCUCAGCUAUGGAGGAGUCAAUCAGCUCGCUCGCCCAGCUUUCUCUUUCCAAAGAAGGGCCGGUUUCUUGUCGUCACAUGCACGAGCAUCUUCUGUCAUUGCCGUUGAAGGCUCCGGACUUGUCGACCGAAGCUCAGUGCCUUCUCGACCACGUCAUGCUCCUCCGCGCGAAAGAGAAGUACCUUUUUGACUGUAACAUCAACCGUGUCGUCGUGUCUGAUGACCCAUGGCUGCGUUAUGUGUGGGACUGGGUCGCUGAUGCGGAAGACGCUGCCUUUGACGGAGGCAUGAAGCUGUCACCGCUCGACCUCAGCUACAUGGGCGUCUGUACUAUCUGGACCGACGAUCUGGGUAGAAAGCCCUCAUCAAGGCUUCCGGAGGCAUCACCGAUUCCGGAGACAACCCUUUGGGAGAAGUGCAUCGGGAGCAUCUGCACAAAGCGGCGGUUGCCAAAGUACGCAGGGAUCCAUACCAAGAAGCCAUUCCAUAGGCAAUUGUGCCUGGACAUCUGCGGUUGGGGGGACACUGCCGCGCAUGAAGCCAGGGGAGCAGCGGUGCACGAUCCCAGCCGAGACUACCCAACGACGCCACACACAAUGGCAGCGGCCCGGGCUCUCUUCAAGGGCGAAACGCAAGUUGCAAUUCAAAUCCUAAAGACGGCCAGCGUUACCCAUCCGGAGCUGCUGUUCGUCUCGCUGGCGUUGCAACUCAUUGGGAGGAACGACAGCCACCUCAGCAAGGAGCAGCUCGAUUUCGACGAGGCCGUCGCUUCGAAGACGGAUCCUUAUCUCCGGGCAAUUUCCUCGCUGAUCGCCACGGGGGACUGGGUCGCCAUCGCCAACCAAAAAUCGUUGCCCUUGUCGGAUCGGGCUUACGUCGCGGUGCGGAAUUUCGACGAUGAGCAGCUCACCAGGUGGCUCAACGAGCAGGUUGCCAUGGCAGUGGAGACAGGGGACAUUGAGGGGAUCGUUCUCACGGGGAUCACGGAUAGGCUGGUCGACAUCUUUGCCAAGUAUGUCGAGAAGUUCAACGACUUCCAGACGGCGACGCUGGUAACAUCGAUAUGCGCGCCGCGCUACAUUGACGACUACCGGUGCCUGGCGUGGAGGAACGCCUACAGGUCAUACCUGCAACGGCACAAGGCAUUUCUGCAGAGGACCAAGUUCGAGGUGGAGAGCACGAAAAAGAGCAAGCGUGGAGGGCGGCCGACGAUCAAGCCGCCGUCUCGACAAAUCGCGCUGCGGUGCGUCUACUGCGACGCGGAGACGACGCUCGCCGGGCAAGGCGGAGCCGGAACAGGGUCACAGGCGGGGGCGCCCGACUCGAGGAAUCCGCUGAUGGCGACCAGCACCAACGCGGGCAUCAGUUGCCCGAACUGCGGGCGUCACCUGCCGAGGUGCGUGGUGUGCCUCGAGGUGGUGGGAGUCCCGAGGACCGACCGGCCCGAGCUCAACGGCGAGCCGGAGGUGUGGGUGGCGGCCAACUUUCCAACUUUUUGUCUCAAGUGCGAGCAUGUACUGCAUCUCGACCAUGCGAGGCAGUGGUUUACGAGGCACGUCGAGUGCCCGGUGCCCGAAUGCCGGUGUCGAUGCAAUUUCAGGGCCAACCCGGAGCUGAACUAUCACUAAAU